AACGAGGCUCUGUCGCAGCCGCUAGCCCGUUUUCACACACCCCCUUAUGAAGCACUGACUAAUCUUGGUCCCUGCCUUGCAACCUUCGAGUCGUGGCUGAUAGAGUUUCAGCUACACCCUUUUGCCCAAUUCCCACGACACGGUCUAAAGGAAGACAUUUCCUCUUGCACUCGAGAGUCGACAGCAAUGAUAAUAGGGGUUUUUACAUUUUUUGGUCACACACGAGCCGCCCACUCGAGAAAAUGCCUGUCGUUAUUUCCCUUUCGCUUGGGCAUUGUUACCAGCGCAACGAGCAACGGCCCACUUCACUGUAUGACGCAGGCUUGGCUGGCAAGGAGAGAGGGAACGAGGCACAAGCUUGAGUAA